CACCGAGAAUGAAUUGGAGCACCGACUUAAUGAUUCAAAAUGCAGAUUGGAUCCAUCUGUUACAACUCAACUUAUGAAUAUCCUUCGAAUCAAUCCGUAUUCUAUAUUCUUUCGUUCACUUGGAGAUUUGCCAGAUUUGGAAACACAAAUAAUUCAAGUAAGAGAAGAUGCUGGGCUAGAUCAGCGUGUAUUCAAUGCUCCUACAUCCUCACAAGUUGCAGCAAUUUGGGUGGAAGAUGAUGAAGGGUAUCAACAACGAGGGCGUGACAUUUUUGUGUAUAAUCAUGAUGGUGGAAAACAUAAAGUUCAAUAUUACUACGGCUGUUACGAUCCAUUACAAUAUCCAAUUUUAUUUCCUCACGGAGAUUGUGGUUGGCAUCAACACAUAAAACGAAUUGGAGGACACACAAUCAGAUCCAAUGUUUGUAGCCCAACAAUAGAUCCUCAACAGUCAACCACUGCAGAAGAAUUACUUGCCGCUGAAGAACGAGGUUAGAUUGUAAAAUUUUAAAUCUCAUCAAUGUUUUAUUCACUGUGCACACCAUAUUUAGUAACACUUCCUUCUCACUCAACUCCUGUAGUAUCAAACCGACAAAAAAAGGAAGCAGUAGUUUCGUGUCGCGAAUAUUAUUGCUUCAAGUUACAAAUAAGAGAAGAUGCACGAUCAAUUUUGCUACUCUCAGGACGACUGCUACAACAAUAUGCCGUAGAUAUGUAUGUCAAGAUUGAGACAUCAAGAUUAGACUAUUACAGAAAUGAGCAACAACAUAUUCGGUCUGAGUUGUAUAAAGGUAUAGUUGACACAGUAACGCUUGGAGAAAGAGAUGCUUCUAAUGUUGGCAAAAGGAUAAUAUUGCCCUCUUCUUUUAUUGGAGGUCCACGAGACAUGAGAAAGAGAUACAUGGAAGCUAUGGCGUUGGUCCAGCGAUAUGGAAAACCGGACAUUUUUUUAACGAUGACUUGCAACCCAAACUGGAAAGAAAUUACCAAUGAACUAAGCCAACAUGAAGAAGCUCAAAAUAGACCCGAUUUAGUUGCUCGAGUAUUCCAUGCCAAACUGGAAGAAUUAAAAGAUAAAUUAUUUAAACGUGAAAUAUUCGGCAAGGUUGUCGCAUACGUCUAUGUUAUUGAGCACCAAAAAAGGGGCCUACCACACGCCCAUUUUUUAAUUAUCCUACAAAGCGAUUGGAGAUUACAUGCACCCGAAUCUUUUGAUGAGAUAGUAUCAGCGGAGAUUCCUGAUAAAAAUACAAACAUGCACUUGCAUAACGCUGUUGUGAAACACAUGAUGCAUGGACCAUGUGGAGAUUUGAAUCGAUCAAAUGUUUGCAUGAAGGGCAAUCCUCCACGUUGCAAAAGUAAUUAUCCAAAAAAUUAUGCACCUUUUACGUCUGUUGGAAAUGAUUGCUUCCCAAUAUAUAGACGCCGAAACAAUAGAACGCACGUGAAGGUGAGAGGCACACACUUAGACAAUCGUUGGGUCGUCCCAUACAACUCGUAUUUGCUUGCAACCUUUGACUGUCACAUUAAUGUUGAAAUUUUCUCUACAAUAAAGGCUGUCAAGUACCUCUACAAGUACAUUUAUAAGGGUCAUGAUCGUGUUGCUUUCAACUUAGUAUCUGAACCAAGAAAUGACGAAGUUGAUGAAAUUCGCCAGUUCCAAAUGGCCCGAUGGAUUGCAGCACCUGAAGCUAUGUGGAGAAUAUAUGGGUUUAUUGUUAAUGAGAUGUACCCAUCAGUUUAUAGUUUGCAUCUGCACCUCGAGCAUCAACACCCAGUAACUUUCAGAGCAGAUCAAGACCUCGAACAUUGCCACUUCAGAACAUUUUAA